AUGCGAUACUUCCGUCCCUUAAAUAGUUGCUUACGUGGAAUUCGUUCUUGUAGCUCCUUUCACCCAUUCGCACAAUCUCUCAACACUCGCAUUCGAUAUUCGUCCAGUUUUGCCAAAACAGAUAUGGAGAGCAUUAAUACAACGGAGCGCUUGGCGGGGUUGCGGGAGCUUAUGAAAAAGAACAAGGUCGAUGUCUACAUCGUUCCCUCGGAAGAUAGCCACAGCUCCGAAUACAUUGCAGCGUGCGAUGCGCGAAGGGAAUUUAUAUCAGGGUUUUCGGGAUCAGCCGGAUGUGCAGUAGUGACUCUGGAGAAAGCUGCUUUAGCCACGGAUGGUCGAUAUUUCAACCAGGCCUCACGCCAGCUUGAUAACAAUUGGCUCCUUUUAAAACAAGGUCUACAAGAUGUACCAACGUGGCAAGAAUGGGCUGCUGAACAGUCCGAGAAUGGGAAAGUGGUCGGUGUUGAUCCUACUAUCAUGUCUGCAUCUGACGCUCGAAAACUCACCGAGAAGAUUAAAAAGCGUGGCGGAAAUGACUUAGUUGCCGUGGAAGAAAAUCUGGUGGACCUUGUUUGGGGAGACAGUCGUCCAUCCAGACCAAAGGAGCCCGUCAAGGUUCUGGCCCGCAAAUUUGCCGGGAAAGACGUCAAGACAAAACUCGAAGAUCUCCGAAAGGAAUUGCUGAAGAAAAAGAGCUCCGGUAUUAUUGUAUCCAUGUUAGAUGAAAUAGCUUGGCUAUUUAAUCUGCGUGGAAAUGAUAUCCCUUACAACCCAGUUUUCUUCUCUUACGCUUCGGUCACAUCUUCAUCCGCCACUUUAUAUGUGGAUUCAAGCAAAUUAAGUGAUGAAUGCACGGCGCAUCUCAAUGAAAACGGAGUUUCCGUUAGAGACUAUUCAAAGAUAUUUGGCGACGUUGAGGUCUUGAGCCAAUCUCUGGAUGCAGAAGACGCCAAAGUCAAGAAGUUCCUGGUCUCAAGCAGGGCAUCAUGGGCACUAAAACGCGCUCUUGGUGGUGAUGCAAAGGUCGAUGAAGUGCGAAGCCCAAUCGGUGACGCUAAAUCUGUCAAAAAUGAGACGGAACUAGAAGGAAUGAGAGCUUGUCAUGUUAGAGAUGGAGCAGCACUUAUCGAGUACUUUGCAUGGCUCGAGCAUCAGCUCGUAGUCGAAAAAGUAGAGAUGGAUGAAGUGACCGCGGCUGACAAACUCGAGCAAUUACGGUCAAAGCAGAAGAAUUUUGUUGGGCUAUCUUUUGACACGAUAUCCUCCACUGGACCUAAUGCAGCAGUCAUUCAUUACAAGCCUGAGCCCGGCAACUGCUCAAUAAUUGAUCCAAAAGCUGUUUAUUUAUGUGAUUCUGGCGCCCAGUAUUUUGACGGCACUACUGACACCACUCGUACACUACAUUUUGGCGAGCCAACAGAAAUGGAAAAGAAGGCUUAUACUUUAGUUCUGAAAGGUAACAUUGCUUUAGAUGUCGCCAUUUUCCCUAAAGGAACUAGCGGAUUUGCUCUCGACGUCCUUGCUAGACAGUUCCUCUGGGAAGAAGGCUUGGACUACAGGCAUGGAACAGGCCACGGAGUUGGUUCUUUUUUGAAUGUUCACGAAGGACCAAUAGGAAUCGGGACUAGGAUUCAAUAUUCGGAAGUCCCACUAGCACCUGGAAACGUCAUCUCCAACGAACCUGGGUAUUACGAGGAUGGCUCUUUCGGCAUCCGAAUUGAAAACAUUAUCAUGGUGAAGGAGGUUGAGACGAAGCACCAAUUUGGCGAAAAGCCAUAUUUGGGCUUUGAGCAUGUCACAAUGGUGCCAUACUGCCGGAAACUUAUUGAUGAGACUCUCCUGACCCGAAAAGAAAAGCACUGGUUGAACGAGUAUCAUGCUGAUAUUUAUUCUAAAACUAAAGACUUCUUCAAGGGAGAUGAGCUCACUAUGAGAUGGUUAGAGAGGGAGGUCGAACCAUUGUAG